UGUGUCUGUGCGCUCCUUAGAAAUAGAUCCACGGGGCAGAGCGGCCAGCAGACGGACCCACUGUGGGGAAAUGAAACACGCUGCAGGUCCCGAAGACGCAGACGAGCUGGCCAGAGCCCUUCACCUCCUCAGUCUUGUCAUCACACACCGUUCCGGAUCAUGUUUUCACCUACGACUCGGGUUUUUCUGCUUCUUUGGGUCGAAGUUGAGUGAAAGAGAAAGUCCACAUUGGAUUUGAUCCUACGCACUUGUCUCCUUCUGCGGUGCCACCGUGGAUGAGGUCCUUGGCCACUUUAUGUUUCAAUAACUUAGACCGGUUUUCUUAUUCAGCUGUCUCACCAUUUCUCACCUAAUUCGGAUUAUUCUGAGACAAGGAGCUAUGUGGAUUUUAUUUUUGAUCAAUCUGGUCGUGAUUUCAGAUUCAGGCCUCACAGUGGAGGUGUUUCGUGCAGGUGUGGCCCCUCGCUGUGAGAGCCGGGCCUGUAACCCCCGCAUGGGUAACCUGGCACUGGGUCGCCGGGUCCUGACGCAGACCGUCUGUGGGAACAAUGGCACCGAGCUCUACUGUUCCUACUCCGACCCUAACAUCAACCUGGCCUGCAGCAGCGCCAAGUGUGCCAAGUGUAACGCCGGCUUACCCCUGCUGUCCCACCUGGCCGGGGCCAUGUCCGACUCGUCCUUCCGUCACCCCAAUACCUGGUGGCAGUCAGCUGAAGGCGUCGAGUCUGAGACGGUGCAGCUGGACCUUGAGGCUGAGUUCUACUUCACACAUCUCAUCGUAGUGUUCAGAUCUCCAAGGCCUGCCGCCAUGACCCUGGAGCGCUCCCAGGACUUUGGCAGAACGUGGAAGAUGCUGCAGUACUAUGCCAGUAACUGCAGUGCCAGCUUUGGACUGGAGGAGGGAAAGGCAGGCAUGGGCCGAGAUGGAGCCACAUGCACGUCCAAAUACUCAGGGGCUUAUCCCUGCAGCCGAGGAGAGGUGAUUUAUCGUACCCUUCCUAAAUGGGAGUCCUUGGAUCCGUUUGGGGUGGAGGGACAGCAGCAGCUGAGGGUGACAAACAUCCGAAUCCGCCUGCUGAAGCACCAGUCUUGCCCCUGCCAGGCCAAAGACCCUGCCUCUGCACAUGAAGCUCUUCCCACACAGCAUUUCGCCAUCUAUGACCUGAUAGUGAAGGGGAGCUGUUUCUGUAACGGACACGCUGAACAGUGUGUUCCUGCAGCAGGUUACCAGCCCGUCAGAGACCGCACCAACCAUGUGGUCCAUGGGAAGUGUGUGUGCAGACACAACACUGCAGGUGAUCACUGUGAGUACUGUGCACCUCUCUACAAGGAUCGACCCUGGCAGGCGGCUGAUGGACUCACAGGAGCUCCACAUGAAUGUCGGAAGUGUAAAUGUAACGGACAUGCCCAGAGCUGCCACUUUGACUGGUCAGUGUGGCGUGAGUCUGGCCAGCGAAGCGGAGGAGUGUGUGACUGUCUGCACAACACAGAAGGACGUCAAUGUCAAAACUGCAAAGCCGGCUUCUACAGAGACCCUCACCGACCCCACACUGCCCCUGACUCCUGCAAAUCAUGUAACUGUCAUCCCUUGGGCUCCAUGCCCUUCCACUUGGCCGACGGCUCGCUCUGUGACCCCUCCAAUGGAAACUGCAUCUGCAAACCUGGAGUGGGUGGUGCCCACUGUGACAGGUGCAUGGUGGGAUACUGGGGCUUCCAUGAAUAUGGCUGCAGACCAUGCGACUGUGCAGGAGACUGUGAUCCCUUCACUGGAGACUGCAUGCCUGGGCCUGAUCUGGACCUCUACAACUUGGAGGGAAACUCUAGUGAGCCGGUGAGGAUCUUCAGAGCUGAUGAACUCUUCUCUGCCCUUCACUACUCAGAAAAGUGUGAGUGCAAAGAGCAGGCCCUGACCAACAGUAAACUCUUCUGCACGAUGAAUUAUGCAUAUGUUCUGAAGGUGAAGGUGCUGUCGGCCCAUGACAAGGGCUCCCAUGCAGAGGUAGAGGUCAAAGUUCAGAAGGUGCUAAGUCAGAAUACCAAGAUGAAGAUACAGCGGGGUCGGGUCACCCUUUACCCUGAGUCCUGGACGGCACGGGGCUGCACCUGCCCCAUCCUCAACCCAGGGGUGGAGUACCUGGUGGCAGGCCACUCGGACCGCAAGCAGGGCCGCCUCCUGGUCAACAUGAAGAGUUUCGUUAAGCCCUGGAAAGCCAGCUUGGGGCGCAAAGUCCUCACGCUACUCAAAAAAGACUGCAACUGGUAGACAGAGAGUACACUGGAGGACAGAUGGACACAUGGACAGACAAGACUUUUCUCAAAAAAAACAAGACUGUGGAUUUGUGUUUUGCAGUCCUCCAGGUGUGGAUUCCUUUAAUCGCACAAGCUGAUGAGUGGGUGAGAUGAACUACAAUGAUUUAAGCCUCACCUUUGCUCUUCUCUUGUCCAGUGACAGCCUGAAGCUGCUGGUGGACUGUGCCGCUAAAAGUGCACAGGAUGUAAUUUUAUUAAGGCGCAUCUGUCUUGUAUCUGAGCAAUCUUAUUCUUACAUUCAUAUGUAGGAUUCAAGCGAAAGAAAAAUCCUCUACUGUCUCAGCUGCAGCUUAAUCUUGACCGAGUGCUCUAUUUGAGGGACUGAAUAGCCUUUGGACUUAAUGAGACUCACUGAAACACACAAAACAGAAAUGUCUCUGCAGCACUUUAGCCUAAGAUGGACUAUGAGAGGAUAUGGACACACAAUGAGAGGAAGAUUUAACACACACACUCCAAAACUCCCUGACAUGGAGCUCCAUUACAGUGGACACACAUUCACAGAAGCAGCAGUACGUGUGUGUGCGUUGUGCGUGUGUGUGUGUGUGCGUACAGACAUAAUGUGCAAAGCAUCCAGAGUGACGCUGAACAAGCCAUACAAGCCACUACAGGUGGUUAAAUCUUAGCCAGUCCAGGUGUGCCUGUGUUGUAAUCAGAGUGAAUGGGUUUUACCCCAGCGUGAAUGUAUUUGCCUGCCUGUUUUGUCGAAUAUGUGUGUGUGUUUGUGUGUGUGUGUAACCCAAGUGAGAAACAAGGAGAACGCUGAAUGAUAAUGAGUGCAGUCCAGAUUCAGUCCAGCUCUAUAGCUCUAGGUUUUUAUUUUUUUAGGUAAAUAUAUACUAAAGAAAUCAAAAACAGCCGUUCCAGUGUUUAUUACUGUGUACAACAUUACUAUUAAUGUUUCAUUAUCAUAUUACUGUCCACUGCUGAAUUCAGAAAAUUCUUAUUAUUCCUUCCUUUGUUCUUGUGUACAGUAUUAUUUGUAUAUACCUAUAUAAAUAUUAUUGUGUAUCAUUCUUCUGCUUUUAUUUUGACCUCUGUUUUGUAAUAUUAAAGGGUAAUAAAUAGUUCGUGCAACUUGGGUCUUUUUAAAAACACAUUAAGUCGUAAUUUCUUUCACUUAUGAUUAUGCUGUGCUUUAUGUUGAGCUUUGAAUUGCUGAGAUCUGGAACCAAAGACCAAUUGGACAAAAAAAACAUAAGUAAUUAGACAGGUAGUAAAAAGCCAAAUUAUAGAAAAUGACUGUUUGAGUGUAAAACCUAAUGUGUAAAUACACAUAUGUGCAUUUUCCUUUUUCCUUGUGAUUAAUUUGUUUGGAUUGUUUCAAACUUUUUUAUUUGUCUAUGUGUUUUUUGCUUUGUAAGUCUCUUUUUAAGGAUGCUGCUUCCUUUCCACUUCUCAGCAAUUAAACUGGUGGUUGAAGCUUUUCGUAACUACUAGAAAUGCUGGCCAAAGCUACAAGUACCCAAAAGACCCAAGUUGUAAAAAAAAAAAAAAAAAAAAAAAAAAUGAAAUUAUCCUUUAAUAAAUUGCAGCACUCUCUCCUUGACAGUGAAACUUUGUUGCACAGUACAACUAUUCCCAGACUCUUAACAACAGCUGAUAUAACAGAGGCCUUGAAAUACUUCACAUAAAUUGGACUAAAAUAUCCUUAUCACCUUCCUCUGUUUCUCACACAUACACACACCUCCUGUUUCUCUCUGUCUGUCCCUUCACAUUAAGUCAUCCAUCACUCUUGCUCCCAAAACACUCUCCCCUACAUUCACACAGAGCCACAGAAUGUAGACCAUAACAGAGAGGCCGGUGCAAGCACACACACUCUGUUUGGGUUUAGGCGGAGUGCAUGUUUUCCACCGCCUCCUCGCCCACUCGCCGUGACGUGGUUGGCCAAGAGGUGCGGACACAUUCCUGGCGCGUCGUGCAACGCUCCACGGCAGGCAGGGUUAGGGGUCACUCACCUAUCUCUGUGAUGGAGAGAGGUGAACAGGAAUGGAUUUUUUUUUUUACCUUUUUUUGGCAGCUGUGGCCGGAUAGCCUCCUGUACCCACAUUUCCUCAUUCGUGGCCCAUUCACAGAUCUGUGGCAGAGGGGUCACGGCUCCUUCUAGUUUAUGCCAAGCUGUUUCCAGACAGCAGGGGAAGGGGUGAACGAGUGCAUUAGAUGAGAGAGGAAUGUGGCUUGAGGGAACGGCUCAGCACAGACCUUCAGGUUAGAUGGGGAAGGAGAUGUUUUACAUAGCGGGAACUGGCCUUGAUGGGUAGACGCAACAGGGAGUCACAAACUGUACGUACUACUACAGCUGAACCUCAGACCACUCCUCUCUCUCACACCCACACACUUGUUCCGUUGCUUACUCACUCAUUCAUUGUGCCCAGAUUGACUGGCCAUUCCCAGCCUGUGAUGGAGAUGUCCUGUGGGGGGCUGUAUGGUGUGGGAAACUAGUUGAUGAAUGAGUGUUUGGCAUGCUUACACAAAUGCAUAGUUUGCUCCUGUAUAGUUUGUGUGUAUUAUUGUAGUAAUGGCGAAUGCAUGUGUAUGAGUGUGUGCGUGCUGUAUGAGCACAAUGCCUCACUUGUAUUGCCAUAGAAUUGAGUUAUGGCCUUUGUCCUGUCAGCAUUCUUGUGUUGCUAUUGGCCCCGGAGUGUAUGGCAGCUCCUGCAGGCUUGGGGACAAUAACCUUCCACCCUCCCCUCCUCUCAUUGGGAGUCACAAUGCUCCUCUUCUGCAGCACCCAUCACCCUGAGACAGACGCUGCGAAACAGGCUGGCUAUGGGUGUCACACUGCAGCUAGCGCCCACAGGUCCUGAGGAGGACAGGGGGAGAAAAUAAAAGAGGGGGAUAAAAUAUGUAAAGAGGGGAUUUUGUUUUGGCAGCAUUAGACAGAGGAAGUAUGCGCAGGAUGAGUCAUGUGGUCAGCGUUACCCUCUCAACUGUGAUUCACUUACAGAGGAAAUGAGAAGAUUAAGGAAUAAGGAGCCAGACUGCAAAUCCUGUACUGAAGUCCUUUAUGCAGGUUGUCCUAAAAAAUGUAGACAGUCACACUGUCCUUAGAGAGCAUCCAUUGCUGUUUAAUUGCACAUGAAAAAAGCACAUGCAUGCAUACACGCAUCAGGAAUGUUUCUCUAGCAGAAGGGCUUCAGAGCAAGCCAGAACAGGGAGGGCAGUGUUGACAUAGCAAAGAGAUUGAGACGCUACUGAUUAUUAUACAGCCAUGCAAACAAGGACCUGAUGCCAUCAACUCAUUAUGAACAAACCCACAUAACAUCAGACAGACAGUUUGAGUGAACUGAUGUGUGAAAAAAACAGCCAGGCAUGAUGACUUGGAAACUCUUUAAAAAAAAAAAAAAAAAGAAAAAAAGAAAAAGAAACAUGAGCAGUUGUUUCAAUGCCAACAUUAACAUUUAGUCUUACCAACCAGAGCAGACAAGCUGCACAUCCUAGUGCAGAAAUUACAGGAGAAGUUUGUUUACAGGAUGUAAAGUAUUUCCCCUCGCUUCAUCAGCACCUGUGCUUUCACCCACCACAAAACCAACACCGUGUCCAGCUGCGUUAACAUCACCAUAAACCACCGGAAAGGCUUCCUUGUAUUGGAAUUAUCAGCCACUUUCAAUAAAAACUGGUUCCAAAGUUGUAUGUUUUUGUCUGUUACCUUGUAUUUUAACCUUUAUGGGGGUCUUCCUUAUAUGUUUAUUCCAAACAAAACACUCUGCAGAUGCUGAGCAAACAAACAAUUUCAGGUAUGUACAGGAGAGGAAAAAUCUGCAGACAAAGGCUUUUUAAUCUUGCUAUGAGGUGAAGAGCAAUAUAAACAUGUAGUCUUUGGAUCUUAGGAUCCUCUACUUUAAACCUGCAUUCAAUUUGUUUUUCAUUUUUAAUAGGUUUUUAUUUUGUUUGGUACAUUUUUGUGAUCAUCUCUGCCACUUUGUUGUAAUACUUUUGGACAGACUCUGGCCAAUUGGCUCACAGAAAAUAUGUUACAUUCUAUUAAAUGACACUAGUAUUAAAAUUAAAGCUUGAUAGGGCUUUGCCUUGAGCAGAAUCAGCACAACAAAGUAAUUGAACUACAUUUCUUCAUUUUAGAGAAAAAUGGAAUUUAGCAUACACACACUGACCAAACAGUUUAUUCUUCUUUUUGCAUUUAUAUUCACAACAACUGGUUUAGAGUUGUUGUGUUAGAUUGUGAACAAAAAAUGGCGCUGGGACUCUGGUUACGCUAUAUUAUGUCAGUCACAUCAGAUAACACUAGGAGACAAACUAUUGUGUCUUCACACAUCCUGCAGUAACAGAGCAACAAUACUGUCUUAUUAAAGUUGUUUUUUGG